AUGGAGUGCAACUCAACUUCUUCACUUUAUAUCCUUAUGUGGAGCAUCACAAUAAUUGGAGAUAUCAUUGCCCUUUUAGGAAAUGGAUUCAUCACAAUUGUUCAAGGUCACCAAUGGCUUCAAAAAAGAAAGAUUUUGCCUUGUGAUUUCCUCUUAAUUAAUUUAAGCACCUCUAGAUUUAUGAUGCAACUUUCGAGUUUUGUGGGCCAUAUUCUAUAUUCCAUCUCCACAGAGAGAAAUCGGCUUUCUUAUAAAAAUGCAUGUGUAAUGAUUCUCUGGACUUUUAUGAAUUUGGCCAGCCUCUGGUCUGCCACAUGGCUAAGUGUUUUCUACUGUGUGAAGGUUGCUAACUUUACCAACUGCCUCUUCCUCUGGCUGAAGCCAAGGAUCAACAUGCUUGUGCCCAGGCUGCUUGGAUUGUCAGUAGUAAUUUCCAGUAUCUUCUGUGUUCCUUCAGUCAUUGAAUAUCUUGGACAAAAAGGGGGUAGCAACUUUACUGUAAUCUUGCCGGUGAAUGUUAGCCAAAAUGAGCCCUAUAAUAAACGUUUAUUUCAUCUGCAGCUGACUUAUACUUCCAUAAAUGUUUGCAUAAGUAUAAUUGCAUCCACUUUUUUGCUUGCCUCAUUAUGGAAGCACACAAGGAAUCUGCAAAAAAGUGGUCUAGGUGGUAAAGACCUUAGCACUCAGGUUCACAUGAAUGUCAUAAUAGUGGUGAUUUCUUAUGUUUUUUUUUACCUUGUAUUUUUUAGUGCUUUAAUAAUUGCAAUAAUGAAUGUUUUGAAGCCUCAUAGUCCUGAAUUCUUAAUACUUGAUAUUUUGGCAACUUCAUUUCCUUCCACACACUCCAUUAUAUUAAUAUUGACUAAUCCCAAACUGAAAGAAAUGGCUGCUCGCAUUCUGAAUAUUAGAUAA